GCAAGUAAUUUUUCAGUUCUAUUUUCAGUUCAUUGCCUUGCUUUAUCUCCACCCUCUUUUUUUCUUUUUCUUUCCACACAGCACGCAUCUACGUUUUCUCUUGUAAGUUCAUAUAGGCUAAAGAACAAACAACUAACGAACACUAUGAUGGUGAAGAACUGGAAAAAAGACCACAGACUCCAAGAUACAGAUGUGGUGGAAUUUUCUCAGAUGAAAUAGCUCACCAUUAUAAAAAGUGAUGAUGUCAGAUUCUACAGAAGACAAUACUUACAUGGUCUUGAUUGUCUUCUUCAUCCUUGUCAUCCUGGUUAUUCUCCUAUUGUUCCUCUACAAGCACCUGAAUCGGGAAACUAAGGAUAAAUAUACCAUUCAGAAGCUUGUCCUUGGUGAGGGAGGCCUUCGUGAUCGUGUAAUGCAAGGCAUCGCAGUGGUGCAGACCAGGUUAGUUGAACUGAGGCCUCCACAAGCUGAUGAGGAGCAAGCUUUAAGUAAAAACGAAGAUGGGAAUAGUGGUGAAGAAAAGGAAGAAGGAGAAGAAGAAGAAGAAGAAGAAGAAGAAGAGAGCACAGAGCAAGGCCACAGUGAAACUGAAAACAUAGCCAAAGCAGAGGAAGAGGAACCUCACAACGAUUCAUUGGAUAAUUGUUCCAGUGUUGGCCUAAAGGAGGGAGUUAAGCAGAAUAACAGCAAGGAAGAGGAAAAGAAAGAUGAAGAACAAGAAAAAGAAGAGGGGGCAAAAGACGAAGCAAAAGGAGAUGACAGUAAACAAGAGGAAGUCGUGAAGGAUGAAGAAAAAGUUGGCUUACUUGUGGACUUGAAGCCAUUUUCUGGCAGUGCCAUUUGGAGCGAGGAUAAAACAGAAGAGAAUAAUGUGACCGCUUUGUGAAAUAUAGAAAGCUUUUUUAACAGAAAGUUAACAAUUUAGGGAUCCGUCUUACAAAAAUGGAGUGAUUUACAUUGUUUGUAUUAUUCAUUAUAUCAUUUCUUAGGUUUCGUGUCUAUCUUGUCAUGCUUUUUUAGGAUACAUAAAAAAAACUGUACAUGUUCUUUAAAAUAAAUGUCUUUAAAACAUUA